AUGUCUGAUGUCGACAACGCCCUGUACUGCGUCACCGGUACACCAUCCAACGGAUUGUGUCGCGUAGACCUCGCAGGCGAUCUCCUGGAAACUACCGCGCUGUGCACACCGGCUUCAAAAGCGUUCAACCGCACGGAACCCGGUGCGAUCACCUCGUACCUCGUCAAGAAGCACGACCCAGCGCGCAAGGUUUCGACCGACUCGUGUGAGGAGCGCACGUUGCUCCCGCAGUGGAUGUUCUUUGACGCCUUGGACAAGGCCCACUCCGGCCAGGCCAUCUCCUUCAAGCUGUACAGCGAUGGCAAUGUCCCCAGCGCGAUGGAGCGGUACAGGCGCGAGGUCGUGCACAUCUUCGGGGCGCUCGGGAUUGUGCUCGCGCGACAUAGCAUCGGGUCAUUCCCGCGCGGGAAAGAUUUGCGAAGACCAUCGCGGAGUGGUCAGUGGGAGACGUCCAUGUCCUCGCUGAGUCUGAGUCUGAGAACCCUCGCUUCCGUCCAACUCGUGGCAAGCACCUUGGGAUCAACACCGGCGUCCUGA